AUGGAGAACGGGCACGACAAGUACCGGGUGGCCGUCAUUGGCAGCGGCAACUGGGGAAGCGUCGCCUCCCGCCUCAUCGCCUCCAACACCGCCAAGCUGCCCUCCUUCUAUGAUGAAGUAAGGAUGUGGGUCUUUGAGGAAAUACUGCCAACAGGCAAGAAGCUAUCCGAGUCCAUUAACGAACAAAAUGAGAACUGCAAAUACUUGCCAGGUAUAAAGCUUGGAAAGAACGUUAUUGCCGACCCUGACUUGGAGAGUGCAGUCAAAGAUGCGAAUAUGCUGGUUUUUGUGACUCCCCAUCAAUUUGUGGAGGGUAUAUGUAAGAAGCUUGUAGGGAAGCUAAGACCAGGAGCUGAGGCUAUCUCCCUCAUCAAGGGCAUGGAGGUCAAGAUGGAAGGACCGUGCAUGAUAUCCAAGUUAAUCGCGGAUACACUUGGGAUCAAUUGUUGUGUCCUAAUGGGUGCUAACAUUGCAAACGAGAUUGCCGUCGAAGAGUUCAGUGAAGCAACAAUUGGGUAUAGGAAAGAUAAGGAAGUGGCAAACCGGUGGGCUAAACUUUUUACCACACCCUACUUCCUAGUUUCUGUCGCAGAAGAUAUUGAAGGAGUAGAGCUGUGUGGAACUCUGAAAAAUAUCGUGGCUAUUGCAGCAGGCCUUGUUGAUGGCUUGGGUAUGGGAAACAAUACAAAGGCUGCAAUAAUGAGGAUUGGUUUGCGAGAAAUGCGUGCUUUCUCUAAGCUGUUGUUCCCUUCAGUAAGAGAUAACACAUUCUUCGAGAGCUGUGGUGUCGCUGACCUAAUAACCACAUGUCUUGGCGGGAGGAACAGAAGAGUGGCUGAGGCCUUUGCACGAAAUGGUGGCAAAAGGUCUUUUGAUGAACUGGAGGCAGAGAUGUUGCAUGGCCAAAAACUCCAGGGAGUGUCCACAGCAAGGGAAGUCUAUGAAGUCUUGACUUAUCGAGGAUGGCAGGAGCUGUUUCCUCUGUUAUCAACAGUACAUGAGAUUUGUAUUGGACAAUUGCCUCCUACAUCAAUAGUUGAAUACAGUGAGCACACGCCCAACCUCUCCAUCAUCGGUGGUCCUACUCCAUUCUACUGA